AUGAUUGUUAUGCAUAUAUCGUUGUUUCUACGAAUUGAACGUACAAAGCAACAUUUGCAAAAGCGAAUGGCUAUAUUAGAGGAAACAAGAAAAAACAUUUGGAUAGAUAUUUUUGCAUUACGAAAAGGUCAAACAAUAAAAAGAGACGUUUAUUCGGAACAUCUCAUGGCAGGUGAAUCUCAUCAAUGCGAUUCAUGCAUUAAUUUACGAUGUUCACCUGGGUCUAGAGGACCGCCAGGCUUAGAUGGAGAACCUGGUGCAGAUGGCCUUCCUGGUAGACCAGGUAAAGCAGGUAUCGAUGGAAUUGAUAUAUUGGAUCAUGCUGAACCUAAUUUCCCAUGCGUGAUUUGUCCUGCAGGACCACCAGGCAAUCAUGGACAGCAAGGAGAACAGGGUAGACCAGGUGCUCCUGGAGAAUCCGGACCACCCGGAUUGCCUGGUAAGCCAGGACUACCCGGUCGAGUGGGACCACCAGGACCACCAGGUAAGCAGGGUGAGGAAGGCGAUGCUGGUAUCAAAGGAUCACCUGGUGAUGACGCUAUCGGCGGAGUGGGAAUUAAAGGCCCACCUGGACCACCGGGACCACGUGGUCCUAAAGGUCCUCCUGGACCGAAUGGUAUUCCUUCGACUAAUGUGGGACCUCUGGGACCUAUUGGUGAAACAGGUCCUCGUGGACCACCAGGAAAGCGCGGUGAACCGGGACCACCAGGGCCAAAUGGACUGCCAGGUGAAGUGGGCCUACCAGCAGGGCAUUGUGAAUCAUCUUGCGGUAUCCAGGAAGUGAUAGCACCAUCUCUUCUAGAAUUGGAUAUCGAUUAA